CACACUUCUAUUGCAGAUCAUAUCUUCUUUGGCUGGCGCAGAGAUGAUGCGCAGUUUGGAAGUAGCAGUAGUAGUACUAGAGAAUCUUCUACUUCUGCUACUUCUAUUAAGGCUCAGCUUUCAAUGGUCAUUGGGAUUGGUCACUGAGAUCGAAGAGGCGAGCCCUUGAGAGAACAGGGGAAAACGAAGGGAAAGGGGAGAGCUUUGAAGGGGGGCCCCUUCCGUUCAGAGUCAGUGACCAAUGAGUGCUGAGCUUUAAUUCUAGUAUUGAUCCAUCACCAAAUAGCACAACACCCUCUUCACCUCGCUUCCGUACCUUCUUGCGCGAUCUCGAAACUCUCCUUCGUGUCGUUUCCCUACCACUAGCAGUCCUGUGGCUCCAUCUCACAGGACGUGCCUUAGAGAUAGGUCUUCUCACUCAAUGCUCUUUGCUUCUGGCAGUGAGCAACGGCAUCUUUUUAAGGGUAGGUUAAAGGUGCUUUUCUUACCGCUUUUUAUGCCUCUCCUAAGGGAGAAAGGCAUAACAAGCGGGGUAAGCGAGCACCAAAAACCUACCUCUAAUCUUUGCGUGGAGCUUAUGUAAAUUGCUGUUAGAAGAGGAUGCUGGUGUCGGUUUCGGGGUACAAGAAGACAGAAUAGAAGACAGUAUAGAAGGCGCUACGAACGACAACAGCAGAAGCGGCAAGAAGCAUGAUAAAGAAAAGCGCAUAGUCGUGUUGGACUGGAACACACUUUUCGGAACUGGAGGUCAUCCGACUUCAGCUCUGAAGAACAGUGGAGGCAAUGAUUUGAGGAGCUCACCUGCUUCGUCGACAACGUCAACAUCUUCAACAUCAAUACGAUCACCACCACGACAAGCCUCAGGGUCAACAUCUCUGCUUCCUGGUGGUCCAACUGGUUCGGAGUAUGAGCGAUGUUGGAUCAAUAGUCUCGUUUUAAGCGGGAUUUGUGCUCUCUUUCCUUCUAUUGCCCGUUCCUGUGGUAUUCUUGCGCCUUUGUUCUACGAAAGCACUUUUGCGACUACGGAGAGGCUACUUGGUGGCACGACAGCCACAAUAGGUGGAACAUCUUUUGGAGGCCACAAUCACCGGGGCUUACUCCUCAACAACGCUGAUAGUGACUUCCAC